AUGGCUCAACCAUCAACGCUCUCAAUCCCAUCUGGCUUGUUCGAGUUCGAACGCAAGUCGCCAGGUUUGCCCCUAUCUCCAGUCGCGACCAGCCCCAAUUUGCAGGAUGCCGAGUCGCAGGUAGACUAUGUCGCCAGCUCAGGAGCCGGCUCUCCAUGCUACGACAAAGGUCACUAUCAAGACAAAGCUGAUGUAAUUCCCGAGAAUCUAUUCGACAGCGAGAGCAGCAGGGUCCUGUUCGAUGCCAUUGACAGGCUUCAAUCAUGUGGAGUCAGCCAAGAGCUAGCGAUUCCUCAGCUCGUCAUUGUCGGUGGUCAAUCUACAGGAAAGUCUUCAUUACUCCAGAGCUUGACCGACAUUCCCUUUCCAGUUGGUUCUGGGUGCUGCACUCGCUUCGCGACAAGGAUCGUGUCUCGGAGAACCGCGCCUGGAAGUCGUAGCUCCGUCAAGGUGACAAUCGUAGAGCCUGAUGUUACCGACAAGUUUGGCUAUCCACCGGAUGACACGUAUAAGGAAUUUCCGCCUUAUGUGACUGAUCAUCUGGGCGUCGAAGAGUUUAAGCAGCUCAUGGAAACCAUCACCACCGAGUACAUGGGAAUCAAGAGAGGUAAAGGACAUGCAACGAAGAACUUUGCUUCUCAAGUUCUUCGGAUUGAACUAUCCGGCCCUUCCCGAUCGCACUUCAGCAUUCUCGACGUACCUGGCAUCUUCUCUUACGCCCAUGAUGUCAACGAGGACGAAGAGCAUGGUGUAAGACAGAUGGUCGAGGAGUACAUGAGACAACCAGCGAACAUUGUCAUGUUAGUUGAAGCUCGUAACUCGGCCAUUCACGAGACUAAUGAGCAGUAG